CCUCCUCCUUCACUCUUCCUCCUCUGCAUCCACCAACGCCUCCAUUUCUGGCGUCCAAUUCCUCCACUUUUUGCAGCGAACUUCAUAUAUCUAGCAUAUGUUUCCAGCGCUCUGAUUGCUCGAUUCCAUGUUUAUUUUCUUUUGUUUAGGCUUAGAUGAAUUGUAAAUUCUUUUUCUCUUCCAUUUCACAACAUAGAAGUACGGGUUUUCUCUGAAGUUUCUGUAGAUCUUGUACCUGCCACAGUAGCAAAGAGAUGUUACUAUGCAACUGCACUGCAGGUCAUAAAGGAUAAAAAGGUCAAACUUUGUUCCUCUGAGAAGAGUGGGUCAAAAUUGUGGUGCCAUGCCUGACGUGUGGCACGAUUAGGUUUAUACCAGUAAAAUGGCGCCUUCUGUUAGCCUUUCGCCAUCAGUGGGCUUUGUUUUUUCCAUCCACCCAUCGCCGUCAGAGAGUUGGCUGUCUGUGUAGCCAAUUUCCCAUCGUCUAUCGUGCAUUCAGUGCGCGACUAGAACCGCUAGCCCACUGACUCGAGACUAUUCAAACCAGAAUGUGCCGGAAAGCUCAUUCAGAAGACCUUGACCACUAGGAAAUCGGGGAAGUUCUGGUUGUCAUCGCAGAGUCUCCGGCAGAUAUGUCUUUCCGCAGCAUAGUCCGCGAUGUUAGAGAGAGCUUCGGAAGCUUAUCAAGGCGGGGCUUUGACGUGAGGAUUUCAGGCCUCCCUGGUCUUUCCGGCCAUCAUCACCGGGGGAAGUCUUUCGGGCCACCGGGUGAGCCGCAUGGCGGAGCUGUGGUGGCUGAUCAGAAUGGCUGGGUUGGCCUUCCUCCUGAAUUACUUCGUGAUGUGAUGAAAAGGCUGGAGGAAGGCGAGAGCACUUGGCCCUCGCGCAAAGAUGUCGUAGCUUGUGCGGCGGUCUGCAGCGCGUGGAGAGAGAUCUGUAAAGAUAUAGUUCAGAGCCCGGAGUUCUGUGGGAAACUCACUUUUCCGGUGUCGCUUAAACAGCCAGGACCUCGAGAUGGAUUAAUCCAGUGCUUCAUUAGAAGGGACAAAUCAACACUAACCUAUUAUCUCUACCUCUGCCUUAGCCCUGCUGUGCUUAGUGAGAACGGAAAGUUCCUGCUAGCAGCUAAGAGGAAUCGACGAACAACAUAUACCGAAUACGUAAUUUCUGUGGAUUCUAAAAACAUCUCGCGGUCAAGCAACGGCUAUGUUGGAAAAAUGAGGUCUAAUUUCCUCGGCACGAAGUUCAUCGUCUACGACACUCAGCCGCCAUACAAUGCCGGGAGCCUCGUCCCAUGCCAGCGCGGCAGCCGCCGCAUCUCUUCCAGGAGGGUGUCACCAAAGGUGCCCACCGGUAGCUACCCCAUCGCCCAGGUGAAUUACGAGCUCAACGUGCUGGGCACCAGGGGGCCGAGGCGUAUGCAGUGCACGAUGCACUCCAUCCCGGCCUCUGCAGUCGACCCGGAUGGCGUGGUGCCUGGGCAACCCCAGCAGCUGCUCCCCGGUCCGUUCGACGAGUCCUUCCGCAGCACGAACGCCUCCUCCAGGUUCUCCAUGGCAGACUUCAGCAGCUCUCGCUUCUCAAGCUCCCGAUUCUCAGAUGUAAGUGGUGGGUUGCGGCGAGAGGAAGAAGAUGGGGAGGCCAAGGAGAGGCCAUUGGUUCUCCGCAACAAGGUGCCGAGAUGGCAUGAGCAGCUGCAGUGCUGGUGCCUCAACUUCCGAGGCAGGGUGACUGUGGCCUCCGUGAAGAACUUCCAGCUGACGGCAGCCGCGCCACAGGUGGCAGCUGCUGCAUUGCCGCCGUCUGAACCUUCGCAGCCGCCCCAGCAGCAGCAGCUCCAGCCUUCAAGUUCAUCGUCGUCUUCGACGUCCGAUCACGAGAAAGUGAUCCUGCAGUUUGGUAAGGUUACCAAGGACAUGUUCACCAUGGACUACCGGUACCCGCUCUCGGCGUUCCAGGCGUUCGCGAUCUGCUUGACCAGCUUCGACACCAAACUGGCCUGUGAAUGAAUAGAGCAAUGCAGUGGCACAAGUAUUUAUGUGUGAUAAGUCCAUCAAGAUCCUUUUCUUUUUCUAUUGCUGUUGUUGAUUUACUUGUUUAUUUCCCCGAGUGUCAAGAAUGGCAAGAAAUAUAAAGAUUUGGUCGUUGCUACGUUUUUCGUGCCUCCGAACUUUUCUGUACAUUGUAACACACAUGAAGUCAUAUGUAAUAAAUCAUGCUGCAAACAGUCAAUAGGGAUUAAAA